AGUGACUUUAAAAUUGCGCAGUGGGAUGUGAGAGACGGGCGACAUGUUCGAAUGUUACACGGGCAUACCAACUACGUUCGUUGUCUGUACGCGGAGGGGAGUGCCGUCGUGAGCGGUUCUGAUGACUGCACCGUACGUGUAUGGGAUGCGGGAUGUGGUGAGACGCAGCUCACCGGUCACUUUCAUGGUCGUGCGGGUGUCUCGGCUGUAUGUCGCGUCGGUGUCACAAUGUGGUCGGGUGACAACGAGGGGCGAGUCAUCGCCUGGAAGCUGAGCACAUGUGAGGCAUUGCGUGUGCUGCACGCACACGGGGGUCGCGUUGUCUCCCUGCGAAAGAUCGGCUCCCGUGUUUACUCUGGUGGGGCUGACGGCAUCAUUGCGGUGUUUGAUGCGGAGGACAGUCAGCUGGUGCAGCGGAUCGAGGAGCACCGGGGCGCUCGUAUCACGGCGGUUCAAUGCGUGUUGGAGUGUGGUCGCCAGAGUGUCUGGGCAGCUGCGUCUGACAACUCGGUGCGGUGUGUUCAUCACGACGACCACUGGUCUAUGACAUCGGACCGGGAACGAUUUAACGAUAUGCGAUGGUAUUACUCCACUGUAAGAUCGCACCACGAAUCAAAUGAACAGCUGCUAAGUGAGCAGCGUGAGUUGACGCAACUGGCUGUUCUCUCCCAGGGGGGGGACAAUGCCGUGCGCCGUAUGCUGAAUAUUGGCGAAGAAUUGAAGACCUCAACACUUCUUAACUGUUGGAUGAUGCAAAAAAACAUGCAGGAAAUCGAAAAGCGGACACGAGAACUACAGAAAGAGCGUUCGCACAUACAGGCCGAGAUACACAAACAGGAACAGAACCUGGAGGUGAUGCGAGGGGCCCUUCAGCGAACGUUAGACGCGGUGCAGCGGGCCCGAGCCGGUGGUACGAAGAAACGGCUCUCAGAGAGUGCAAAUGCUGCGAACUUUGCACCUGUAGUGGUCUCCGCGGCUUCCGCGCAAAAAACGGAUGCACCAGCGCCCCCAGCAGCGACUGUUCCGGCGCCUCCAGCAGCAACUGUUCCGGCGCCCCCAGCAGCAACUGUUCUUGUGCCCCCAGCAGCAACUGUUCCGGCGCCUCCAGCAGCAACUGUUCCGGCGCCCCCAGCAGCAAGUGUUCCGGCGCCUCCAGCAGCAUAG